AUGUUUCAGCAUCUAAAGGAGCGUUUCUUCAGCAGCAGCAGUAGUAGCAAUCGUCGCAAAUCAGUAGACGACCCGAAUGCGCCGUUGACCCAACGUGAAAUCGACUACAUCCGCCUCACCUGGUCUUACUUAAGAACUGACAUUGCCAACUUUAAAGUUUUUGGAGCGGAUCUCUUUAUCAGGUUUUUCACCUCUUACCCUGACUACCAGCGUCAGUUUAAAUCUUUUAAAGAUGUGCCUAUUCACUUCGCCGACUUGCCUUCGGGUGAGCUGCGCAUUCCCAAGAAACUUCUCGCCCACGGCACCUUUGUGAUGUACACCCUGGGCAUGCUAGUGGAUCACCUCGAGGAGGCGGCCACGCUGGAG